AUGUCCCUGCUGCGGGUGGCGGAGCGGGAGCCGCCGCUGCAGCGCUGGCUGCCCACCCACGUCCAGGUGACCGUGCUGCAGGCCCGGGGCUUGCGGACCAAGGGAGGGGGCGGCGGCGGGAAGCCGGGCACCAGCGAUGCCUACACCAUCAUCCAGCUGGGCCGGGAGAAGUACAGCACCUCGGUGGCGGAGAAGAGCACCGGCAGCCCGGAGUGGAAGGAGGAAUGCUCCUUCGAGCUGCCCCCGGGGGCCCUGGAGCUGGAGGAGCCGGCGGACUGGGGAGGGGGCUCCCCCCGCGGCAAGGGGGGCUGCGAGCUGGUGCUCACCGUCAUGCACCGGGCGCUCAUCGGCCUGGACAAGUUCCUGGGCCAAGCCACCGUGCCCCUGCAGCCGGUCUUCAGGGAGAGCCGCUCCAUGAAGAGCCAGUGGCACAAGCUACAUUCCAAGGCCGGGAAAAAGGAGAAGGAGCGAGGAGAGAUCCAGGUCACCAUCCAGUUUACCCGCAACAACCUGACGGCCAGCAUGUUCGACCUUUCCAUGAAGGACAAGCCCCGGUCGCCCUUCGGCAAGCUGAAGGACAAAAUGAAGGGGAAGAAGAAAUACGAUUUGGAAUCUGCCUCUGCUAUCAUCCCCAGCAGCACAGGGGCCCUCGACAUGGAGGAGGACUACGAGCUAGGGCGCAAGAAAUCCAAAGGCAAGGGCGGUUUCUUCAAGAACAAGCUUCGCAAGUCCUCCCUGACCCAGUCCAACACCUCGCUGGGCUCCGACAGCACCACCUCCUCAGCCAGCGGUAGCCUGGCUAACAACUUUGGCAUAACCAUCAACGUUCCCGAGGUAACCAAAUCCCCGAGCAGACACAGCAGUCUGUCCACAGAGCACUCUGUGAAAGACUAUCUGCCUUCACCAAAAUUAACCCACAAGAGAGCAUUCAGUGAUGAGAUCUCCCAGGUUAACGUGGUAGCGGAGCCGAAAGCAAUCCAAAGCCUGAAGCCAAAGAAUGACCCUGUCUCCAGAUCCUCUCUCUGUGUCAAUGGAAGCCAUGUUUACAGUGAUGAACCUGCACCAAAGAGCCCGAUGUCUGGCCUACAGAGCUCCUCGCCGCUGUCCCUCCCUCUACAGAAUAUCGCCAGAAAGUCCGAGGAGGGUUUCCAUGCUGGCUUCCCUCCUCCUGACUCUGAAGACCUGCCAUGGGGAGCCAGCAGCUUUGAGAAGGGGCAGCAGAAAGAAGAGCCCAGAUUCCUUCCCUCUCCUCCCAGCUUAGCAGUACAAGAGGAGAACAAGGUCUCAACCAAAGCUGUAACCCUCAGCAACCACCUAGGCAGAGCCAAGUUGGAAGAAGGCAGCCGCUUAGAGACCAAACCCGUGCAGAUCGCAACGCCGAUGGUCUUCUCCAUGGAGGUGACGAAAGACAAACCCCUUGAGGAAACCAGAAAGGAAGACAAGAAGUCCAAGGUCAGCCUCUUCCACCACGGGGGGACCAAAAGUGAUGCAGGGAACAAGAGCUUGGGAGAGAAGCUGGGAUCAUCCCUGACCGUAUCUCCACAAGUAACAGCUGCUGGAGACGAGAAGAGUAAGAGCAGCAGCUGGUUUGGAUCCAAGGACACGAAAGAACCUUCUCAGAAACCCAGUCCUCAUCCAGUGAAGCCCAUAAGUGCUGCCGUGGCAGAGGUCUCCGGGGAGAAGAAGCAGCACAGGUCCACCCUGACCACUGCCCUGAGCAGCGGCCUGGAAAAGCUGAAGACCGUCACCACGAGUAGUGUCCAGCCAGUGACCCCUUCAUCGCAGCUGGAGAAAGUGGAGUCCAAGAAGCUAAAGGAUGCUGCUCUGCCGGACCAGUCUGCCAAGUAUUAUCACCUGACCCAUGAUGAACUCAUCCAACUGCUGCUGCAGAGGGAGAAGGAGCUGAGCCGGAAGGAGGAGCACGUCCAUGAACUGGAGAACUACAUUGACCAGCUGCUGGUGCGCAUCAUGGAACGGUCUCCCACCCUCCUUCAGAUCCCCCUGGAAAAAAACACGACCAGCAAGUAACCUCUGCUCAGAGAUCUCCUUGGCGUCACUUGCCCACCGCACUCCUGGAAUAAA